GAAGCCGCAGCAAAACCGCCACGGAGGAUCGACCGUCCGGCGCACUUCAAAGUCUCUGCCGCCUCCUCCUCCUCCCCUCACCCUCCCGCAGAUAUUAAUUUCAUAACAGCCAAGAGUGUGAGUUCAGCAUGCAGAGAUUUUAAAUAAUUCUAUAUCGUGAUUUUGAACUGGGAGAAAAAAGGAUGGCCAAAGUUUUGGACAUUGAUAAAGAAUCUGAGGGAGGUAACAAUGAAUUUAGCAACAUCAUUAAAUCCAGAUCUGAUGAACACAAAGAUGUACAAAAGAAAACCUUCACCAAGUGGAUAAAUACUCGUUUUUUGAAGUUUGGAAAACAUCCAAUAAAGGAUAUAUUCACAGAUCUUCGAGAUGGGAGGAAACUCUUAGAUCUUUUAGAAGGGCUAACAGGGAACCCACUGUUAAAAGAACGUGGAACUACUAGAGUCCAUGCUUUGAAUAAUGUCAACAAAGUCCUUCAGGUUUUACAUCAGAACAAUGUGGAUCUGGUGAACAUCGGAGGGACAGACAUUGUUGAUGGAAAUCACAAACUGACACUUGGAUUGUUAUGGAGCAUAAUUUUGCACUGGCAGGUUAAAGAUGUAAUGAAAGAUAUAAUGUCAGAAUUACAGCAAACCAAUAGUGAAAAGAUCCUGUUGAGUUGGGUGCGGCAGUCCACAAAAUCAUAUAAUGAAGUGAAUGUUUUGAAUUUCACCACCAGCUGGACAAAUGGGCUUGCCUUCAAUGCAUUGAUUCACAAGCAUAGACCUGAGCUCUUCAGCUGGGAUAAAGUCACCAAAAUGGCUCCACAUGAAAGAUUAGAACAUGCCUUCAACAUAGCUAAAAAUUACUUGGGAAUAGAAAAAUUGCUAGACCCUGAAGAUGUUGCUGUACAGCUUCCUGAUAAGAAAUCCAUUAUUAUGUAUUUGACAUCUUUAUUUGAGGUCCUUCCUCAGCAAGUUACUUUGGAAGAUAUUCGAGAAGUAGAGACUCUUCCAAGAAAAUAUAAAAAGGAAUGUGAAGAAGAUAUACAGUAUGCAACUUCUGAAGGUAACUUUGCAGUUCUGAAAGCAGAAGCAUCCAGCACCUUGACUGAAGUGGAUAUGGACUUGGACAGCUACCAGAUAGCUCUGGAGGAAGUUCUCACUUGGCUGCUCUCUGCAGAAGAUGCCCUCCACGAGCAGGAAGUCAUAUCUGAUGAUGUUGAGGAAGUCAAGAGACAAUUUACUACACAUGAAGAAUUUAUGAUGGAGCUGACAGCACAUCAGAGCAGCGUGGGCAGCGUGCUUCAGGCUGGUAAUCAACUGAUAGCCCAGGGCAAUAUUUCAGUAGAGGAAGAAAAUGAAAUCCAGGAACAAAUGAUCUUGUUAAAUUCUAGAUGGGAAAGCCUCAGAGUGGACAGUAUGGACCGCCAAUCCUACCUCCAUGAUGCGCUGAUGGAGCUACAGAAAAGUCAAUUGCAGCAGCUGUCUGACUGGUUGACUGUUACAGAGGAACGCAUUCGAAAGAUGGAAUCUCAGUGCUUAGUUGAAGACUUGGAGACCUUUCAACAACAGAUGGAUGAACAUAAAGAGCUCCAAAAAGGUAUUGAAGCAGAACAGGUUAAAGUCAAUUCCUUGACUCACAUGGUGGUCAUUGUUGAUGAAAAUAGUGGUGAGAGUGCUACGGUUCUCUUGGAGGAUCAAUUGCAAACACUUGGUGAACGCUGGACUGCAGUUUGCCGUUGGACUGAGGAACAAUGGCUCAAAUUGCAAGAGAUUAAUACCUUGUGGCAAGAAUUGUUGGAAGAACAGUGUAUGUUGAAAGCCUGGUUGGUUGAAAAAGAAGAGGCUUUAAGCAGAAUACAGACAUGCAACUUUAAAGAUCAAACAGAGCUGGGUGCAAAUGUUCAAAAGCUGGCAAGUCUGAAAGAAGACAUGGGAAAGAAGCGCCAGAUGUUAGAGCAGCUGAAUGAGAUGGCCCAUGAUUUGGCACAGCUCCUGAACAACAAGAAGGCAUUAAAAAAAAUUGACAGUAAUCUUGAAGAACUCACACAGAGAUGGGACAACUUAGUUCAGAAACUUGAGGAUUACUCUAAUCAGGUUACUGAGGCAAUUGUAAAAGUUGGAAUGCCCCAGAUUUCUCAGAAUGUUCUCACUGAAACAAUCCUUGUCAAGAAACAAAAGACAGCCCAGGAUAGCCAAAUGGAACAAUCUCCACCACCUCUACCAAGGAGGCGGCAAACUGGCCUGGAUAUUGAAAUGAGAAAAAAGCUUGAUGUUGAAAUUGCCGAGUUGUUGAAUGGGAUUUUAAAAUCAAAAGCUGCCAUUCAGGCCAUAGAGAUCAAAGAGUACAAGAAGAUGAGGGAGACUUCAGUCAUGAAGGAAAAACUGAAGGCAAUAAAGAAAGAAAGAGUGGAAAAAGAGAAAAUGUUGAAUGAAUUGAAACAGACUGCAGAAAAUCUGCUAAUGGGAAAAGAAGGGCUUCCUACUGAAGAAACAGGCAACGCCCUUAAGAGGCUCUUGGCAGAAUGGAAAGGGGCUGCUUACUACUUGGAGGAAGUAGCAAGAAAAGUUCAAUAUCAGGAUGAAAUCAAUGUUUACUUUAGUGAAUUGGGUAAGCUCGAUAAGUCUGUGAGCGAAAAAGAAGCAUGGCUGCAAGACAAUUCUGCAGUUGAGGAUCAACCAUUAGCAGUGCUACAGGAGUCAUGCCAGGGGGAACUCACAAACCUCUUAAGUCUGACUCCUCAAAUGGAACACCUGAAGAUCAAGUGCAAGGAGCUGACAUCUCACCCUGCUGCUCCAGACUUUAUUGAAGAUAGCUUUUGCUCUUUGAACAGCCACUUCAGUUCUGCCCAGCAGGAACUAGAACUUCUUCUGCAGAAACUGAAGAGAGAACUUGAAAGUCAUCCCCCCAAGACUUACUUGGAUUCUUUGAAAAAAAUUAAGGAUGAGGUGAAUGAGUUGGAAAGCAAAGUGCACUCCAUCAUGAAUUCAGUAAAUGACUUGACUCAGGUUGAAAAAGCCUUGCAGCAGACGAAGAUGGUUUGUGAAACCCUAGAAAAUCAAAAAGGCAUGGUUGAUAAACUUGUUGCAGACACACAAGUAUUGGAGAAGCAUAUUUCUGUUGAAAAGUCAAAACUAUACAAGCAAGAAUUGAAAUGUUUUCAAGGAUACAGGGACAAAUUGAAACUAAAGAUUUCUAAAGAUGUUCACUUAUUGGAAGAAACUGUUUCCAAAUUGAGGACAUUUGAGGCUGAUUCAAAAGUAGUUCAGAGGUGGCUGGAUUCUGUGAAAGAUUUCCUAAUGAAAGACCAAAUCAAGCAAACAGAACCUGAAGGUCUUCAGAGACAGCUUGAUCAAUGCAUGCUGUUUAUUAUUGAAAUGGAAAAAAUUGAAUUGUCUCUAAAAGAGAUGAAGGAAAUGGAGUCUUCUUUAAGAGGCCAGCCUGUUAACGCUUGGGUGAAAUCCAAACUGACAGACAUCCAAUCCCAGUGGGACAAACUAAGCAAGCAGAUCAUUUGCCAUAAAAAUCAAUUAUCGGAAAAUCAAGAAAAAGCUGUCAAUCUCAAAAAGGAUUUGACAGAAAUGCAAGAAUGGAUGGCUCAGGCUGAAGAGGAAUAUUUGGAGAAAGAUUUUGAAUAUAAGAAUCCAGAUGAGCUAGAGAAUGCAGUGGAAGAAAUGAAGAGAGCAAAAGAAGAUGUGCUGCAGAAAGAAGUGAGGGUGAAAAUUCUGAAAGACAGCAUCAAAAUGCUAGCUACUAAACUGCCAUCUGGUGGUCAGGACUUAACAACGGAGCUCAACCUUGUAUUGGAGAAUUACCAGCUACUGUGCAACAGGAUCAGAGGGAAAUGCCACACUUUGGAGGAAGUAUGGUCUUGUUGGAUUGAACUGCUACACUAUCUGGACCUAGAAGCAGCCUGGCUGAAUACUUUGGAAGAGAAAAUGAAAACAACUGAACACUUGCCAGAGAAAAUAGAUGCUGUCAGUGAAGCCCUUGAGUCACUGGAAUCUAUUCUGCGCCAUCCAGCUGACAAUCGGACUCAAAUUCGGGAGCUUGGUCAAACACUGAUAGAUGGAGGCAUCCUUGAUGAAAUCAUCAGUGAAAAGUUGGAAGUUUUCAAUGCCCGUUAUGAGGAAUUAAGUCAUGUGGCAGUCAGUAAACAGAUUUCUUUGGAGCAACAACUUCAGAUGAUGCGAGAAACUGAGCACAUGUUGCAGGUUCUUCAGGAAAGCUUGAAAGAUUUGGAUAGGCAGCUAACAUCCUAUUUGACCAAUAGAAUAGAUGCCUUCCAAAUGCCUCAAGAGGCACAGAAAAUCCAAGCUGAGAUUGCUGCUCAUGAGUCCACUUUGGAAGAGCUUAGAAAGAAUGUCUAUUCUUUAAUGCCACCUUCACCAGAGUGUCGAUCUCCCCGUGGUGGGACUCAUUUGGAUGUCUUGCAGAGAAAGCUCCGGGAAGUAUCUACGAAGUAUCAGCUGUUCCAGAAACCAGCAAAUUUUGAGCAGCGUAUGCUGGAUUGUAAACGAGUUCUGGAUAGUGUAAAAGUUGAACUCCAUAUCUUGGAUGUGAAGGAUAUUGAUCCGGAUAUCAUUCAGUUUCACUUUGAUAAGUGCAUGAAACUCUAUAAGACCCUGAGUGAAGUAAAGCUUGAAGUGGAGACAGUGAUCAAAACAGGGAGGCAGAUUGUACAGAAACAGCAGACAGACAACCCCAAAAGCAUGGAUGAACAACUGACAGCACUGAAAUUCCUUUAUAAUGAUUUGGGAGCGCAGGUGACAGAAGGAAAACAAGAUCUAGAACAGGCAUUGCAACUCUCAUGCAAAUUCAAUGAAGUCUCCCACUCCUUAUCCAAAUGGUUAGAGGUGACAGAAGCUGAACUGGUGCAUAAGUCCACGUCAGAACGUACACUUUCUGAUCUGGACACUGAAAUUGCUUGGGCUAAGAAUGUGCUGAGAGAAUUGGAGAGGAAGAAAGUAGAUUUGAACAGUGUAACAGAAAGCAGUGCUGCACUGCAGGCCUUAGUGGAUGGAAGUGAAACUCCGCUGGAGGAAAAACUCUGUGUUCUUAAUGCAGGAUGGAGUAGAGUCCGGACCUGGACCGAAGAUUGGUGCAAUACACUUCUGAAUCACCAAAGUCAACUGGAGAUUUUUGAUGAGAACGUUGCCCACAUAAGCACUUGGCUGUACCAAGCUGAAGCUCUGUUGGAUGAAAUUGAGAAAAAGCCUGCCAACAAGAAAGAAGAGACAGUGAAGCGCCUAACAUCAGAAUUGGAUGCUGUUAGUCUCAGAGUUGAUAAUGUACGUGACCAAGCUGUUAUGCUGAUGAGCGGUCGUGGCGUAUCAUGUCAUGAGCUUGUAGAACCCAAAUUGACCGAACUGAAUAGGAACUUUGAAAAAGUAUCACAGCACAUCAGAAGUGCCAAGAUGCUGUUCAGUCAGGAUGCUCAUAAAAGGUUUGCUAAGCAGGAGCUCUGUGGAAUUGCAGUGGCUUCUAAAGACCUUGAUAAAUUUGAAUGUGAGAUAAAGGAAAUGCUGAACAUAGUGGAAAAGCACAUGGAAUCAAAAGAAGAUGAUGAAAAGCUGGAUGAAGAAAGAGCUCAAAUUGAGGAAGUUCUGCAAAAAGGUGAGCAUUUGUUACAGCAGCUCAUGGAAGAUAACCGGAGAGAAAAAAUUCGUUUGCAGCUCCUCCUCCUCCAGACCAAGCAAAGCAGUGCAAAGGAGCUUCGGUCAUUACAAAGGAGGCAGGUAUUAGAACUUUCACCUUCAUUUACUCCAUAUGAAAUGGAAGCAGAGAGUCACUUGCAGUGGCUUAGUGAAACAGAUACAAGCCUUUCUGGACUUCAAGAAGCAGAAGAGAGAGAGAAAACAAAGGCAACUCCACAAAGGAUUCAAGGGUCUCAGUCAUCAAUGACCAGGGAAUCUCCAUUCCCUGCAGAAUACCUGGUUGAAAUUAACAAGAUUUUGCUGGUUAUAGCUGAUGCUGAGCUCUUGCUAAAUGCUCCAGAACUUCAUUCAGCAAUCUAUGAAGACUUUUCUACCCAAGAAGAUUCAUUAAAGAAUAUAAAAGAUAUGUUGGAUAAAUUAGAGGAUCAGAUUGCUGUUAUUCAUGAAAAACAACCUGAUGUUACACUAGAGGCAUCUGGACCUGAAGCUGUUCAAAUAGAAGAUUCACUAACCCAGCUUAAUGCAGAAUGGGAUCGAAUUAACAGAUUGUACAAUGAUCGCAAAUGUAGUUUUGAUAAGUCUAUAGAGGAGUGGAGACAGUUCCAUUGUGAUCUAAAUGAUCUCUCACAGUGGCUAACAGAAGCAGAAGGGUUGCUGGCUGAAGCCCAUGCUCCAGAUGGCAGCCUGGAUAUAGAAAAAGCCAGGAUACACCAGCAGGAACUUGAAGAGGGAAUCAGCAGCCAUAAACUCAGUUUCUCAACACUGAAUAGAACAGGAGAGGAAAUAAUCCAGAAACUUUCCAAUACGGAUGGAAACUUCCUGAAAGAAAAACUAGCUGGGCUGUAUAAACACUGGAAAAACAUCAAUGCUGAAGUCAUGGAAAGGCAACAGAGACUGAAAGGAAAAAAUCAGCAGUUAAUAGAUUUCACAAGAAAACUAGAAGAAAUUAGUUGCUGGGUGGAAAAUGUAGAAAAUUCCCUGGAUGAGAAGCCUGCAAUCAGUCAUGAAGAGAAUUUACAAGAAUUAAUGGGUCUGAUUAAGGAAAUGGAUAUACAAGGAGAGAAACUUAACUGGCUAAAUAGAAAAGAAGCAGAGGUACUUUCAAAUACAAGCAUUGGGCCUCAGGAAAGAGACAAUAUUGCUAAUAGACUGAAGACCCUGAAUAUUAAAUGGAAGAAGGUGUUCAAGGAAGCACCCACCAGAUUGAGAGAAUUGGAGCGGGAUGUUCAUCAGCAGCAUCUUGUGCCAAAGUCCUCUGGUUUCCCUGUUCCCCAAACAACAGUGCUUGUGUCUUCUGCCUCAGAAAAUGUGGCACAAACUCAGCAUCAUUUGGAAAUCUUGACACCUGCUGAUUUGGAUCAGACUACGACAGAAUUGGCUGACUGGUUGGCAUUGAUCGACCAGAUGCUAAAGUCCAAUAUAGUUACUGUUGGAAAUAUUGAAGAAAUCAAUCGGAUGAUUGCACGCAUGAAGAUAACAGAAGGGGAUUUAGAACAUCGACAUCCCCAGUUGGAUUCAGUUUUUACUUUGGCUCAAAAUCUGAAAAACAAAACAUCAAGUUCUGACUUAAGGACAGCAAUCACAGAGAAAUUGGAGAAAGUUAAGAACCAGUGGGAUGGUACUCAGCAUGGGGUUGAAGUACGUCAGCAUCAGCUGAAAUGCAUGCUUACUGACAGCAUAAAAUGGGAUGACCAGAAGCAAGAAAUGGAGAAGUUAAUUGGACAGUAUGAGAUCCAUCUACAUGCUCUCUUACAGUCUUCUAAAGAAAAGCUUACCAAACAAAUUUCAGAAAACAAAAUAUUAAUGCAAGAUCUAGAUAAAGGAGAUGCCAGGAUCAUUUCAUUUAAUGAGCUGUCAAGUAAACUUCUUCAAGAUUACAGUGGUGAUGACACAAGAAAUGUGAAGGAAAUUAUGAAUCACUUGAAUACCUCAUGGAUUAACCUGAAGCACAGAACUUGCAAUAGGCAGAAUUGUUUGGAGGCUGACCUGAAGACGGUACAUGCCUUGCUCAGAGACCUUGAAAAGUUCCUCAAGUGGAUACAAGAAGCAGAAGCGACAGUUAAUGUCCUUGCAGAUGCAUUGCAACGGGAACCCACUACUUCGGGAAGGGGUCCUGGAAGGGAACUGAAGAAGCAGAUUGAGGACAUCCAGGCUGAAAUUGAUGCUCACAAUGAUAUCUUCAAGAGCAUUGAUGGAAACCGGCAGAAGAUGGUAAAAGCCUUGGGGAAUUCUGAAGAGGCUGCACUGUUACAACAUCGUAUUGAUGACAUGAACCAACGCUGGAAUGAUCUGAAAGCAAAAUCAGCCAAUAUCAGGGCUCAUUUGGAGGCAAGUGCAGAGAAAUGGAGUAAAUUACUGAUGUCACUGGAAGAACUUAUCAAGUGGCUAAAUUUGAAAGAUGACGAAUUAAAGAAGCAGAUGCCUGUUGGUGGAGAUGUUCCAACUUUACAGCAGCAACAUGACCACUGUAAAGCACUCAGACGUGAACUGAAGGAAAAAGAGCAAAUGAUUUUAAGUGCUGUCGAUCAAGCACGAAUGUUCCUUGCCGACCAACCAAUUGAAGGGCCGGAAGAGCCAAGAAAAAACUUACACUCAAAGUCAGAGUUGACCCCUGAAGAAAAAGCACAGAAGAUUGCUAAAGCUAUGCGCAAACAGUCUGCGGAAGUGAAGGAGAAGUGGGAAAGCCUAAAUACCUGCGCCAGUGGUUGGCAAAAACAGAUAGAUCAAGCCCUAGAGAAACUGAAGGACCUGCAGUGUUCCAUGGAUGACCUGGAUGCAGACUUGAGAGAGGCAGAGAAUGUGCGAAAUGGUUGGAAACCUGUUGGAGACAGGCUGAUGGCCUCAUUGCAGGAUGAAGUUGAUAAGACAACUGCCUUUAGAGAAGAAAUUUCACCAAUCAGCUUGAAAAUCAAAUGCAUCAAUGACUUAUCCAGUCAGCUCUCUCCACUUGAUCUUCAUCCAUCCUUGAAAGUUUCACGACAGCUGGAUGAUUUGAACAUGCGGUGGAAACUUCUACAGAUAUCGGUAGAUGAUCGUAUUAAACUACUACAAGAAAUACACCAUGAUUAUGAACCUGAAUCUCAAGAUUUUCUUUCCACCUCUGUACAACUACCAUGGCAGAGAUCGGUGUCUCAUAACAGUGUUCCAUACUACAUUAAUCAUCACACUCAAACAACAUCCUGGGAUCAUCCUAAAAUGAUUGAACUAUUCCAAUCACUAUCUGAUUUGAACAAUGUGCGCUUUUCUGCUUAUCGUACAGCCAUCAAGAUCCGGAGACUACAAAAAGCUUUGCGUUUGGACCUCUUGGACUUACACUCAACGAACGAAGCUUUUAAACAGCACAAAUUGAUUCAGAAUGAUCAGCUCCUUUGCGUUCAGGAUAUCAUCGGAUGCCUCAGUACGAUUUACAGUGGAAUGGAAGACAAGCACGAAGAUCUUGUAAACAUUCCACUCUGUGUAGAUAUGUGUCUCAACUGGCUGCUCAAUGUUUAUGAUAGUGCCCGGACUGGAAAAAUCAGAGUGCAAUCCCUGAAGAUUGGCUUGAUAUCUCUUUCUAAGGGUCUCUUGGAAGAAAAAUACAGAUAUCUCUUUAGAGAAGUGGCCGGACCAACCGAAAUGUGUGACCAGAGGCAGCUUGGCUUGUUAUUGCACGAUGCUAUCCAAAUCCCUCGACAGCUUGGGGAAGUAGCCGCUUUUGGAGGCAGUAAUAUUGAGCCCAGUGUCCGAAGCUGUUUCCAGCAGCAUAAUAAUAAGCCAGAAAUUGAUGUAAAGCAGUUCAUAGACUGGAUGCGCCUGGAGCCACAAUCUAUGGUAUGGUUGCCAGUUCUACACAGAGUAGCAGCUUCAGAAACAGCAAAACAUCAGGCCAAGUGCAACAUCUGUAAAGAAUGUCCAAUUGUUGGCUUUAGAUAUCGGAGCCUGAAACAUUUCAAUUAUGAUAUUUGCCAGAGCUGUUUUUUCUCAGGUCGAACAGCAAAGGGUCAUAAAUUACAUUACCCAAUGGUGGAAUACUGUAUACCGACAACAUCAGGAGAAGAUGUGCGUGAUUUCACCAAAGUGCUGAAAAACAAGUUCCGAUCUAAGAAGUAUUUUGCUAAACACCCACGACUUGGUUAUCUGCCAGUACAAACAGUUUUAGAAGGCGACAAUUUAGAGACUCCUAUCACUCUUAUUAGUAUGUGGCCGGAGCAGUAUGACCCCUCCCAAUCUCCACAACUAUUUCAUGAUGACACCCAUUCCAGGAUAGAACAAUAUGCUAACAGGCUGGCCCAAAUGGAGCGGAGCAAUGGUUCCUUCUUCACCGAUGGUAGCUCCACCACAGGAAGUGUGGAAGAUGAACAUGCUCUUAUCCAGCAGUAUUGCCAGACGCUGGGAGGUGAUUCGCCAAUGAGUCAACCACAAAGUCCAACCCAGAUCUUGAAGUCAGUGGAGAAAGAAGAACGAGGAGAACUUGAACGAAUCAUUGCUGACCUCGAGGAAGAGCAAAGGAUGCUACAAGUGGAAUAUGAGCAACUCAAGGAACAGCAUCUUCGAAAGGGAAUCAAUGCCCUAAAUUCACCUCCAGACUCAGCUGUGUCACCUCAACACACUAUUGAAGAUGCUGAACUCAUUGCAGAGGCCAAACUUUUACGGCAACACAAAGGGCGCCUGGAAGCCAGAAUGCAAAUCUUGGAAGACCACAACAAGCAACUGGAAUCUCAGCUUCACCGGCUACGACAACUGCUGGAACAGCCUGAAACAGAUUCCAGGGUUAAUGGGGGCUAUUCUAAUGCUUCACCUCAGCAAUCCACCCUUGGGUAUUCAUCUGAUCAGGAUGCUAGUUCACUGUUUAAUCAGACAGGUAUAGAUGACUUGCUAGUCCCACCUCAUCAUACUAGCACAGAUUUAACGGAGGUCAUGGAACAAAUCAAUAGCACAUUUCCAGCUUGCCGCUCAAAUCUUGCUGACAAAUCACAGGCGAUGUGAGCAUCUUCUUUGGAAGAUCACCUGCUCUUCCCAACUUCAGCUCAACCAGUGCCAAUCACAAGUUUCAGUUAUCACAUGGCUACUUGGGACUUUGUAACCUGCUGUUCAGCUCUGUGUAUUCUUAUUCCAAAUAAGAAAACACUUGAACUACCCAAAGACAAGGAUGUCGUGUUUUAUAUUAUUGUGUAUGUUUUUCCCUUCUUCCCUCUCUAUGCAACUGUAAAUUAACAAACCGUGGAGUAUUUGGAAAUGGUUAUGCAUAUGUACUUUGAUUUAUAUAAUUAUGCAGCAUCAGGAAAGGGGAUGAUAGGGAUUUAUACCCAUUCUUUUUUGAUAUUGCUAAAGUGAAUUGCCUUUAGAGUUUGGAGCAAAGAGUUAUAUUUAUACAUUCCUUUUGGCUUUUUGCAUUUACCUUUUCAAGAACCUUCUCUUCUGACACACUGCUUUUUCUGCACAGGUCAUUUAUACUUCGCCUGAGAGUCCGAAAACAUGGGCAAAAGAUCAGCUUCUCAUAAACUGCAGUUAGUGUUGACAAAUACCAUUUUUGGCGCUCUAUUAGGCACAUGGGGCUCUAUUUUGCCCCCACUAACUUCAUUCAGCUACAAUAACUGUUGGCACUCAAGUAGCAUUUUAAUGGAUUUAUUUCCCCCACACAGAAUGUGGAAUGAUUUUUCUUCCAGAUUUUGUUGUUUUUAAUUCUUUCAUUAGGCUGCAUUUUUACCUUGCUACAAUUAUUCUGAAUAUGUGCAGUUUUUAUUUUCUGUGACGAACACACGAUCAUCGUACUGUGACAAAUUUUAUGUCUAUCACCCCAUUCAAAGUAUGAAAUCUAGUCCUGAAGUAAUCGUAAUUUGGAAGCAUACCUAAAUGAAGGAGCUCAGACUACUUCACUACUUAAUUGCUCUGCCUUUGUGCCAGCAAAAUUGGCUGGAUGGAUACCUUUAAUCAAUAGCAUUGUACAUUUUUUUAAAAUGAUUCCCUUACAGUCAGCGUUUCAAGGUAGAGCCAGCUGAGGAGAAAAAUUCGGCCACUGUUUAUGAUGAGUAGAUGGGCUUGGUUCCUUCCCCAUUGGCUGUGUGGCUUUGCCUGGCCCUUUGAUCUCAUUAUAAAGCACUCGCUCAUUCUUUCCAUAUAUUGCAUGUGUGCAAUAAUCAUAUUUAAAGGACCGAAAUAGUGUUGGAGAAAUUCCACUGUUGAAUAUUAUUAACGGGCCUGUCCAAUAUUUUAUGUUAUCAUUUACAAGGUGAGUCCUAGCAGAAUUUGAGGUGGUAUCCCAAAUGACAUUGCAGUAGAAGAAGCAUUAAUCUCGGGGUGAUGUGGAGGAUGAUGUCUUGUAACCACUCACGUUUUUCAUAGCUCAUCUCCAGUAUGGAGAUGGUGCUAGUAGUAAUUAUGCUUAGAGGUAUUAUGAGGGUCAAAUUAGAUAAUAUAUGCUAUAUAAUCAAAUGAUUCAAAGUGCUAUCUAAAAGUAUUAUUUUUUUCAGCAGCAGGGGUGGGGGGGUUGCCCAGAAUAGGAAACAGAAAUAGAUUGCAGGUUACUAUGUGGAUUUUUCAUCCAGAAAGAAAUAUAUUUUGGUAUAGAUAUUUUGAGAAGGAAAAGAAGUUUUGCAAGAAAAGGAGAGCCAUGACCACCUUUCUACCUCAAACCAAUUUUCUUUUUCUUUCUUUUUUAGUAUUUAGCUUGGAAAACAGUUCAGAGAUCUGAUAUUUUUGAGUAUUUUCAUUUACCAGAUAGUAUCAAGCCAAAGGGUUAAAAAAAAA